CAAGCGCAGACCACUGGAUACAGUCGUGAAGGACUAACCAAAUGUGUGACGACGAUGAAGUGGACGUCUCCGUGUAAAAAUCAUUCAGUACAAACUUCACAUAUAAUCGGGUACAAAACACGUGCGGUAAUCGGUUAACGAGUGAUGAAAAUUGUGAUCUGUUAAUUCGACUUUGAUUUCGAUUUCGAGUGUCGAUUAAUAAUCGAUAAAUCAGUGGAAUAUUUCGAGAAUUUUGUGGUUCGUCGAGUGAUUUUGAGAAAUUUAUUGGACUAUUGUGCUCGACAAAAAAUAGAAAUACUGAGCCAUGACAGUGGCUGGGGAGUCGACGAAUGCGGAGGAGGGCGACGGAAAAUUGAAGAUUGAAACGUUUGACGAUAUUUUACCUCACGUUGGCGAAGCUGGACUUUAUCAAUUGUUACUGUUCCUGAUUCUGUUGCCCUUCACCUUCGUGUACGCAUUCCUCUAUUUCACACAGUUCUUCCUGACGCUGAUCCCGAACGAGCACUGGUGCACGGUCCCGGAGCUCAGCGGAUGGAACCUUACAGACAGUCAAAAGAUUGCCUUAUCAAUCCCAUUAGCGAACCCACUGGAAAAUGAAGACCAAAGUGUUGCCACAUUCUCAAAAUGUGAAAUGUAUGACGUCAACUUCACCGAAGUCAUGUUGUCAGGCAUCAAAGUAGCCAACACUUCCUGGCCUGUCAAGCCCUGUUCAAACGGAUGGACCUUCAAUUUCACUGCUAUACCAUAUGCGUCAAUAGCAGCUGAGCUCGAGUGGGUUUGCGAUAAAACUUAUCUAUCAUCAACAGCUCAAUCCGCCUUCUUUAUCGGUAGCAUCAUCGGUGGAUUCAUCUUCGGGUACAUUGCUGAUCAUUAUGGAAGAAUUCCGGCUCUCGUAUCGUGUAAUGCCGUUGGAUUUAUUGCAUCAGUUGUCACCGCAUUCUGCAACAGUUUUUGGAGUUUUUGUCUAGCACGAUUAAUCGUGGGAACAUCAUUCGAUAAUUGUUUCAAUAUUUUAUUUAUCAUUACAAUCGAAUACGUCGGCCCAAAAUAUCGCACUCUAGUCGCUAACAUGUCAUUCGGUAUUUACUUCGCGGUAGCAGCUAGCCUACUCCCCUGGCUAGCCUAUUGGAUCGCCGACUGGCGUGUCUUGAGUGUCGUCACAGCAGCGCCUCUGGUGGUCGCCUUCUUCGGUCCCUGGAUCGCCCCGGAGAGCGCACGAUGGUAUAUCAUGGUGGGUAAGACCGAUAAAGCUAUUGAGAUGCUGAAGAAAUUUGCGAAAGUCAACGGAAAAACUGUGACACCAAAAAUUUAUGAGGAAUUCGAGAGAAGCUGCAAGGAAAUGAUCGAGAAGGAUGACAAAGUCAAUAAGUAUACGGUACUGGAUCUGUUUUCGUUGCCGAGACUCGCCAGGAUCACGAUUAUCCUAGUGAUUUACUGGCUGCUGAUUAUUCUGGUGUUCGAUGGACACGUCUGGAACAUGAAGCUCCUUCAUCCUGACGUCUUCACGUCGUUCUCACUGGCCGCACUGACGGAACUUCCCGCUGCCUUUUUGCUGGCGCUGUUCCUGGAUAAGUGGGGACGACGGUGGAUGGGGUUCGCGUCGAUGUUCAUGUGCGGAGUGUUCUCGUGGAUUGCGCUGGCCACUCCUGAAGGUACUGUCACUGUCGCUAUGGCAAUUCUUGCUCGGCUGGGUGUCAAUGUCGCGGCUAAUAUCGGCUUUCAAUACGCCGCCGAGAUGCUGCCGACUGUCGUCAGGGCACAGGGAGUAUCACUCAUACAUAUUAUUGGGUACUUUGCGCAUAUAAUUGGGCCUUACAUCAUUUAUUUGGCUGAUGUUCAGAAAGAGUUGCCGUUGAUUUCUCUGGGAGUCGUGGCGAUGGUGGUGGCGUUCCUGACGCUGACGCUACCAGAAACACUAGACCAGGAUCUGCCUGAGACGCUGCAAGAGGGCAACGACUUUGGGAUCGACCAGAACUUCUGGUGGAUACCCUGUCGAUCGUCCUCCCAGAAAAAUAGGAAAAAGGAUCGGAAGAAAAUGGGGUCCGUCAACGCUGGAUUCAACCCUGGGAGUCUCACCAAAAUCGACUCAACGAGGUUAUGACGACGUUCCUGGGGAACGAGUUUGACGACUCAUCGAAAUAAAUUGUACAAUUGUUCUUCGAGGGGAAGAUAACGAGCGUAAUAAUUAUUGGAAAUGUUGAGGAAGUGGAGAAACGAUGAAUUUAGCUCGAUAGAAAAUUAAUUAAUUGCAAACAAUUUAUAUGAUUAGAAAUUGUACAUAAUUAAUCAAUAUUAAUGACCGAUUUAAUCAAAUGAAUGAAUUGUUCAACAGUCAAAGUUCAGUUUGCCAUAAAUUUACAAUCGAAUUGUAAAGUGAAUCGAUUACGAAUGAGAAAUUGGAAAAAAGAGAAGCAAAAAUGUUUUGGUAGAAAAUUAGGAAAUUAAUUGGAAGCGAUUGGGUCAUUUUUUAGGAAAAACUUUUGUUGUUAUUGUUUUUUUUUGAGAUUUCAAUGAUUUUUUGAGAAUACGGAGGACUGACCCACUUCCAGGUCCCGUGUACGUGUCGAGGAAGUUUGGGUCAUUCGAUAGUUAUCGAUAAUUAUCGCACGUCCUGGGGGUGAUGUUCAGCAGGAAUUUUAACAGCCGGUGGGUGAAUAUUUCAAGGACCUGGUGAACUCAUUAUUGACCUACGUUAACUCAAAUAUUUGUUGCAUCAUUGUUGCACCGUUAAUUAUUUAAACUGGUCAUGUCCUUUGUUAUUAUCCACUGAUAAUUCCGAGUGAUAAAGUGAAACGUUGAGAUACAGCACACGAUAAUUAUGGGAUUUGUCAGUGAUAAUGAGGUUAUGCGUAACAAUUUGUUAACGUGAUACUAAUUAACAACUGAUGUACAAUAAUUAUACGACGUUGUACUCAAAUUCUGGUACAACACGUGAGUCAGAUUCUCAUCAUUAGGUCGACAUUUUUAAUGGACUUGUCCCAUACCAUUGGCCAUCGAUAAUCCAAAGUAUAUUAAUCGAAUGUACCGUAAGAGUGUGUGAGAGUCAGUGGACAUGUUGAAGAAACAUCGAGUCGCCAUCAUUUUUAGGGUACGACACACCAAUUAUUCAGUGGCCCUCUCAAACAAUCCACUUCGACACCCAAAAAUUAUGGCCCAUCAACAUCAGUUUACAUUCAACGACAGAGAAACUAAAAUUCGAUUACUUGCAUCAUAAAUAUGUACAAAAUUAGUUAUUUUUUACAGUGUCUCCGUACAUUCACUUCAAAAAAUAAAACACAUUCUUGAAAUUUC